UUAUUAAACGACAAUUUUAUGAAAUUGCUUUCAGUGUAGAAUUUUUUCGAAUGUUUGCCUCUUAAAUUUUAGUUGUUCAACAGUCUCAUUUUCCACCCAUCCAAUUCCAAAAUGUUCAGCUCAACUCCCACUCCACAAUUUUUUGCCCAACCAUGCACCCCCAAUCCGACUUUCAGUACACUAUUCGGCCAGCAACAACCCUCUUCUCCACCGAUAUUCGGCCAAAGUCAAAUAUUACCUUGGGGUCAGGCUCAAUCUGCACCAAUGACACAGCCAUCGCAAGUGGGUUUCAAUUUCAAUAAUCUACAGCAGCAGACGCAACCACUCUUCCAAGGUAACUUUGGUGGUCAACCUAACGUUUUCGAACAGCAAGUAGUUCAGCAGCAACCUGCUUUUGUACAACAACCGUUUCAGACGCAACAACAACCUCAACAAAUUCAGUACCAAUUCGGUCAACAGCAACAACAACCUUUUCUCCUGCAACCUCAGCAGCCGAUUAUACAAACGGUUCUACCGGUAACAUACCAACAACAACUUUCCCCAGAAAUUGUUUUUGUACCGUACGUGUUGGAUGAAAGUGGGCGGAUAAGUCCUAAAAGGGAGUGUUCCACUUCUUGGGACAGUGAUAUGGCUUCAUUUCCUGAAAAGUACACUCGGACGUCCAUCCUACAGAAAGAAGGAAGAGGUCCCUCCAUCCUAUCGACAGAUCCGAAAUAUCAAAGUCCUGUAUUCGACUGGGGCAGGAACCUAUAUUCUGGUCAGAUCAGUGCUAUAGGAUACAACAGAGACUUGCAACCCACCGUGACAAAACUCCCUGGAGAGCAAACGGCCGAAAAUGGGAGGAGAUUUCUAUCAAUGUCAGACAAAAUGGAGUUGGAUAUGCUUCGAAAUGAAGUCGAAAUCCUCAAGGCGGGAGACUUCAAUAACACGAUUAACCUCCGAAAGAAAAUGAACCAGCCGCCACCCAAAGUCGGUUUAUUUGACCAACCUGUCAACGAUGACGCUUGGUACGAUGCCUGGAAUAAGUGUGAGCGUGGUCCACCAAAAUAUAAUGACGAUAUUGACCCCAUAACUGGAAGGACGUUGCUCGAGAAACUCACAAGUCCAGUCAAUCCAAGGUGGACGAAAAGACCUGUGGGAGACAAUUCUUAUCCAUCUCGCAGAUUCAUAGACACAUCAUUUGACAUCCACUCGUCAUCGCCUAGACUAAAUUAUCGCGAAAGACAAGCACCUUCGACUUCAACCAGCAAUCCGUUAGUAACUCUACACAGAAAUAGUCCGUCCCCUGGUUUGAUGCGACUCGGUCUUAGUCAGCGACUCCUCUCAGAAGAUAUGCUUCCUGUAUAUCGACCACCUCGGCGAAUCGGGGGUGGUGACAAUAACUACGCAACCAAUUUUGGUCAUGGUUCAGCGUGUGGAGUGAUAUUGAGGAGUGCAAAAUGCUACUGCAUUCCAUCGUUACAAGAACUUGACGACUUGUACUCUCCCAUCACAAGAAAAACUGUCGUGCGUGACUUCAAAGUUGGUCAUAUGGACCAUGGAGAAGUCACAUUUCCUGGCGAACUGAACGUUACUGGACUUAAUCUCGAUGCAAUUCUACAUUUCUCCCACAAACAACUCGAAGUUUAUCCAAACAACCAUAACAAGCCUGCUCAUGGUCACGGACUAAAUCGGAGGGCGAUCGUGUCCCUGAGAAACGUCUUCCCCAAGCAGGCGACUCAUCUGACCGGAGAGAAUUUCAUACCGGAUCAAAAUUAUGAACAGGUUCUCAAACGUGCCUGCGAACGAUUCAAGGGAAAGUUUUUGAACUACAAUCGAUUCACGGGUUACUGGGUGUUUGAGAUUCAGAACGAACCCGAUGAUAAUUAAUACGUGAUUCGUAUCAAGUGAAUUAUCCUAAAUUCUAAAAAGAUUACUUUACAUUCACGUAUAUUUUGUACCGUAAAUCCACUAUUUUAUCCAACCAAACGAGGAAUAUUGAUUGUCUGCAUGCAAAUUCAAGUGAUAAAAAAUCUAGUCGAAACGAAAUCUCAAAUUUCCUAAUAAAACAGAAA